AUGGCCGCCUCCACCCUGUCUGUCUGCUCCAGCGACCUGAGCUACAGCAGCCGCGUGGAUGACUGUCCAGAGAGCUGCUGCCAGCCCUCCUGCUGUGUCCCCAGCUGCUGCCAGCCCUCCUGCUGUGUCCCCAGCUGCUGCCAGCCCACCUGCUGUGCCCCCAGCUGCUGCCAGUCCACCUGCUGUGCUCCCAGCUGCUGCCAGCCCUCCUGCUGCGCUCCCAGCUGCUGCCAGUCCACCUGCUGCGCCCCCAGCUGCUGCCAGUCCACCUGCUGCGCCCCCAGCUGCUGCCAGUCCACCUGCUGUGUCCCCAGCUGCUGCCAGUCCACCUGCUGUGUCCCCAGCUGCUGCCAGCCCUCCUGCUGUGCCCCUAGCUGCUGCCAGUCCACCUGCUGUGCCCCCAGCUGCUGCCAGUCCACCUGCUGUGCCCCCAGCUGCUGCCAGCCCACCUGCUGCACCCCCAUCUGCUGCAAGCCUGUCUGCUGCACACCCUUCUGUUGCACAUCUGUUUGUUGCAAGCCGGCCUGUUGCACACCCGCCUGCUGCAAGCCUACCUGCUGCACACCCGUGUGCUGCACACCCGUCUGCUGCAAGCCCGUCUGCUGUAAACCCGUGUGCUCUGUGCCCAUCUGCUCUGGGGCUGCCCCCUGCUCAGCCCCCUCCUGCUGCCAGCCCACCCCCUGCCCCUCAUCCUGCUGCAGACCCUCCUCCUCUGUGUCUCUCAUCUGCCGCCCUGUGUGCAGACCCGCCUGCUGCGUGCCUGUCUCCUCCUGCUAUGCCCCCUCCUGCUGCUAG